GGCUCCCCCGCCCCCGCCCGGCCCGGAGGCGGGGCGGGCUCCGGGCGGUGCCUCCCGCGGCGGGGCGGGGGCUGCUCUUUCCGUCGGUGGCCGCCGCCGCAGCAUGAGCGGUCCGGGGCUGCUGGGGCCCGGCGGCGGUGCGGGGCUUCCGCCGCUGCCCAAGAGCCUGAGCGGGCUGCUCAACUCCUCGUCCUCGGGCGGCGGCGGCGGACAGGGCGGGCGCUGGCGGGACCUGGAGCGGCUCUACGCGCAGAAGUCCCGCAUCCAGGACGAGCUGAGCGGCGGCGGCCGGGGCUCGCCGCGCCCGCCCAAGCCUCCCAACCUGGACGCGGCGCUGGCCCUGCUCCGCAAGGAGAUGGUUGGCCUUCGGCAGCUGGAUAUGUCAUUGCUGUGUCAGCUGUACUCCCUGUAUGAAUCAAUUCAAGAAUACAAAGGUGCCUGCCAAGCUGACUCUAAUGCAGACUGCUCAUAUGCCCUGGAAAAUGGAUUUUUUGAUGAAGAGGAGGAAUACUUCUAGAAGCAGAAAGAUUGACCUCCAGGCUGACUGAACUGAGGUUCUUUUGUCCUUCUUUCCCUGUAACACACCUCAUCAAGAACAACUGGAAUCUGGAUCCCUCUUCCUGAGGAGGAAUACUCAGCUAUCCCGAGUUGUGUUAAAUUCACUUAUUUUAACAGGCUGUCAGUACAAGUUACUCAUGCAAAUACCACUUGAGGAAAGUGCUGUACUCUUAA